UCACGCAGUCUCCAGUGAUAAGAUUUUUAUAACACACUUGAAUUUGAAAAACAUUUUUGCCAAGUUCAAAUUAUUGGAAAUUUUUCUGAGCUUUAGAAGCUUUUACGUGAGUGAAUUCAACCGAUAUAUUGGAUCAAGCUGACAGUUGUAAAACUCAUCCCUAACAUAAAGUAUUUUGCGUAUGAAUAAGUUAACAUCUCUCAUCGUAUUUCCAAGUUGCGAAAAUGAUUCAUGCCGAUUCUGGAAAUCAGAUUCAAUUAUUAUCGAAACUCAUUUCGUAAAUUUGAAUAUCUCAACAUCAGUUUUCAACCAGAUCGUUGAAUUAGUUGGACUUUUUUGAUUCAGAUACCGUUUUAAGAAUCAUUCACUCAUCCAUUUCGGCGUUUGGAUAGAUGAGAGAGUCGUAGAAACGAAUCGAAGCAUGUUAUGCUGUAUACGGUAAUUUAACCGUUUUCAACUGAAAAGCUUCUGCUGAACCAUCGAUUGCAAUAUCAACGCUGUUUACGAUCGUGUAUCACUCCGGUAUAGAAAUGUCUUCGAUCUUACUAAGUCACUUUCAAUUUUCGAGAAAGCUGUGUUACGUACAUAAAGGUACUGUAAAUAAAGUGUUUCCUAGUUCACGAGGUCUUGCUACGUUUUCGAAAAUUUACACCAUUAAUGAAAAUAAUACGGUGACUGUAUCGAGCUUACGAUAUCAAAGUGAUUUUUCAAAACAGCUGUGCUAUACUCGUAAUGUAAAUUUUGCAAGAACUCGUCUCAACCUACACCACUCCGAUUAUUUUGAAAAACUAUAUCACUCGAGUGCUAAUAACGCAAAAAAAUCAUCGUCUAACCUCAAAACACAUACAGAAUUUUCAAAAGCAUUGUCCGUCAAAGAUAAAAAUGCAACAAGCGAGAUAAGCGAUUUCGUUAAAGUUUGGUUGGAACGUUUCGAUUCUCUUCGUCCGGUCGAACCUGGAGUAAUUUCCGGCACUUUCAAUACCUUGGUAAAACUGAAUAUUUUCGAUAGAAAAUGGAAUCGGGAAAAUCAAGAUAAUUUCAAGGAGUUAAUUGUAAAGCUGACGGAGAAAGGAUACGUUUUAUUAGAUCCAAAAAAUGAAUCAGCUGGUAAUUUUAAAUCUUUGCAAAUUAUGCUUUGCUUUCAAGCGUUGUCUAGAUGGAAUGUGUUCAGAACUGAUGUUUGGAGAGGCAGUGUUCAAAUAGACGGCAAUGAAGUUCUAAUAGUUGAUUUAUUCGAAUCUUUCAUAAUACGGUUGUUCCACCGAGGAAGUUUUUUGCUCAGCUGUGAAAAUAAAACCAGGGAUAAAUUCACUAGUCAAUCUAUUGCUAACUGUAUGUUCGCGUUAUCUAAUUGGAAUAUUGCAGAACUAGACGGAGGCAGAGAUUUCUAUAACCAGUUAAUUAAAAAAGGCAGUUCAAUUGCUGAAAGCUUUAAUUCUCAAGACGUUGCUAAUUGCCUUAGCGCUCUAUCUACGCAGAAUAUCAACGAUUUCGAUGGAGCUAGAGAGUUAAUUAGCAAUUUAAUCGAACAUAAUAGCUCAUCGACGGGAAGAUUCAGUUCUCAAAGCUCAUCUAACGAUAAAUUUGCCGCUAUUAAUGUUGUUAAAACUUUAAACGCUAUGUCUAGAUGGCACGCUGAAGAAUUACAAGGAUCUAGAGAGUUUAUUAUAACUCUGAUGAAAUUGGGAGUUUCCCUGGCCGAUAAUUUCAAUUCGAUGGAGAUCGCUAAGAGUUUCAACGCGUUAUCCAAGUGGAAUAUCGAGAACUUGGAACUAACCAGGGAGUUCAUUGUUCGAUUAAUAAAACGUGGAAGUUCAACGAUCGAUCAAUUCAAUUCUCAGGAUAUUGCGAAUAGUCUGAACGCUUUGUCCAAAUGGGAUAUCGAUAAUUUGCACGGAUCUAAGGAAUUUAUUAUUCAGCUGGUCAGAUUAGGAUAUCACUUGGCUGAUAAAUUUGAUUAUCGGGGUAUUUCCAGUAGCUUGAAUGCUGUAUCAAAGUGGAAUAUAGAUGAAUUAAACGGAACCGAAACAUUUAUCGUUCGAUUAAUAAAACAAGGUACUUUAACAGUCGGUGUAUUCCAAUCUCAAGAGAUCGCCAAUUGUUUGAAUGCGCUGUCUAAAUGGAAUCUCGAAAAAUUACCCGGAUCUAAAGAUUUCAUCUUUCAAUUAGUCGAACGUGGUAAUUCAUUAUCCGAUAGGUUCAAUUCUCAAGAAAUAGCUAAUUGUUUGAACGCUAUAUCAAAGUGGAAUACUAAAGAAUUCCCAGAAACCGAACAGUUCGUCGUUCAGUUGAUGAAACGUGGAAACAUCAUCGCCGAAUCAUUCAGUUAUCAGGGUAUUCCUAGUUGCUUGAAUGCGCUGUCUAAAUGGAACGUAGACGAAUUGCAGCACUCUAGAAAAUUCAUCGUCCAGUUAAUCAAAAGAGGUAAUUCCAUGGUUGAUAGAUUCGAUUCUCAAAAUGUUGCCAAUUGUUUAAACGCUUUAUCGAAAUGGAAUAUCGACGAGUUCCAAGGAAGCAGGGAAUUCAUUACUCAACUAGUGAAACGAGGUAGAUCAGUAAUCAACGAAUUCGAUUCCCAAGAGACUUCCAACAGCUUGAAUGCUUUGUCUAAAUGGAACAUUAAUCAAUUACCAGAAGCUCGACAGUUUAUUACUCAACUGCUGAAUCGAGGAAGCUCGCUUGUUGACAGCUAUAAUUCUCAAGAGAUCUCCAAUACGUUGAACGCUUUGUCCAAAUGGGAUAUUAACGAGUUAGAAGGCGCAAAGAAUCUUAUCGCUCAGUUAGUUAGUCGAGGAAGCUCGCUAGUUCGAAAAUUCGAUUCUCUUGCCAUCGCUAAUACUUUGAACGCGUUUUCCAAGUGGAAUCUUGAUGAUAUAGAUGGAAGUAGAGCUUUCAUCGAUCAGUUAGUAGAACAGGGGAAUUAUAAAAUUGACCAAUUCAAUCGCCAGACUGUUUCUACUACUUUGAAUGCUAUUUCCAAAUGGAACAUCUCGAAGUUUCCAGGAGUCGAAGAGUUUAUUGUUCGUUUAAUAGAAAGAGGCAGUUCUAAAAUUGGCGAAUUCGAUUCCCUAGAUAUUUCCAACAGCCUGAAUGCUAUUUCUAAAUGGAAUAUCAACGAACUAGAAGGAUCCAAUCAGUUUAUCGUUCAGUUAAUGGAACAUGGAACUAUGAAAUCUCACGAAUUUAGUCAUAAAUGUAUUUCCAGUACCUUGAAUGCGUUAUCAAAAUGGAACAUCGAUGAAUUACCAGGAUCUGAAGAAUUCAUCUCUGAAUUAAUUAAACACGGAUCUUCAGUCAUCGGCAAAUUCAAUACUCAAGAAAUUUCCAACUGUUUGAACGCGUUGUCUAAAUGGAAUAUUGACCAAAUUCAAGGUUCAAAAGAGUUCCUUAUUCAGUUAGUAAAUCAAGGUAAUUCAACGGUAGACGGAUUCAAUUCUCAGGAUGUUUCCAACAGUUUGAAUGCGCUGCAAAGAUUGAAUAUUUUUGAUGGUGAAAAAUGGAACGAUGAUGAGCUGAAACAUUUGAAAAAUUUUACUGCGAAACUUGCUGAAAGAGGAAAGAAUAUAUACGAAGAAUUUGACUCUCUGAGUGUGGCUUUAACUCUCAAUGCUUUUUCAAAGUUGGAUAUUCUUAAUUAUGAAAAUUGGACGAUGGAUGAACAAGCCCACUUGUUUAAUUUCAUCAGUUGCCUAUUCAAUACAACAUCUCCAUACAAGAACUUCACCCUCGAUACCGUUUUGAAAACGUACGGUAUUGUAUCCGAAUGGAGUAUUUUUCUACCUUGCAAAUUUGACUCUUGUUGCAUAAAAGGGUUUUCAAAUAUUGCCAGUAUGUUGGAGCGUCGACUUUUCCAUAUUGCAAGACACGAUACCGAAAAACCACAUACUAAAGUACGAGUUGCUGCGCAGAUCAUUAAAGAUAUACCAAAUCUGCGAUCAAAACGUAUGAUUGUGGAUGAUGAUACAUUUCUGAUUGCGUUGAUGAUAUGUUUGUUGUCCGGUGCAAAGAAAUGUGAUGCUAAUCGUUUAAGAGAAGAGUCUGUGCAAGAAAACAUCUUGUCUGGUUUGCAGUAUUUUUGUAGAAUAGGUGUUGAACAAGUGGAUGAAAAAGCUGAUUUUGAAGGACUAUUCGAUGAUUUAUUGCUUAGGAUAUACAAUAGAGCAGUUGAGCUAGAUUUGAACUAUGCGGAUGAACUUUUAGGAAUUAUAUUCGAGUUGAAUAAAUUAGGAAUUUUUAAAGAUGAAGAAUUUUUGCGUGAGCGGCGGCCAUCUGAGAGCUGCGUUGAUUUAUAGAUGGUCUAUAAUUAUUUGUGUUUGCAAAUUUCGGGAAGUUGACCAUUUGUUAAAAUGUGCUACGAAAUGUGAUAUUAAAUUAAUUUUAAUUCGUAGGUCGUUGAAAAGUUAAUAUUGUGUGCGAGGUUACUUGUUUUCACUUUUUGAUAGGAAUUUUAUUGGAGAUUUUACGAAAGCGAGAAUUGGAAUUUUAAUUUCUUUUGUGCUGUUCUAUAUUUUCGCUCAUUAGACUGACUGAUUGUGAUUAUGUUUACUUACCUAUCUUAUGUUUCUUCAACGAAUCUUGUUUAAAUUGUAUAGUUCUACGUGCUGUAUUUUCGUUGUUCGUCGGUACAAUUCAUUUUGUUUAGUCUAAACAUCGUACCUAAUUAUAGAUUUGUUGAAAACA